CACAUGCGAUUUCUUGAAAUGUUGUUCGUGGAUUUUCUCUUGCAGGAUCACUUUGGACAGUGCAGCAAGUUCCCAGUAACUUGUUCCAAUAGUUGUGGGGCUUCAAUUCGAAGGGAAAUGAUUCGAAAUCACACUGAAUAUUAUUGUCCACUAACCAUAAUCUCUUGCCCUUAUGAAAAGAUGGGAUGUGAAAUCAAGGUUCAGCGAGUUCAAGUGGAUUCCCAUCUUCAAUCAGCCACGAGACUUCAUCUUGACUUGGCCUGUGUAAAGUUAACUAACACAGAAGCUAAGUUAAAUGAAACAGAACAGAAACUUGAAGCAACACGGAAAGUAGUGGAGAAACUCGACACGCGAAUAUUUAUCUGGAGAAUUAACAAUUUUAGUGAUAUUUGGAGACAAACAAACUUUAGUACAAAGACCGACCAAAAACCUAGUAGAGAAAGUGUUCCGUUCUAUACUGAUAGAACAGAAAGUUAUGGAUACAAGUUAAAAGUACGUAUUCAUCCUGAGAGCUCUAUUGGGCGUUUUUGCGGUUCAAUGGUGGUGGCCAUUGUUGUAAUGAAAGGUGAAUAUGACGCUAUAUUAUCCUGGCCUUUCGAACAGAAAGUGAAAUUUACCUUGAUUGAUCAACAGGAAGAUCCAGUUGAACGGAAAAACAUUACGCAUCUGUUUUAUUCCGGCCAACGACCCAGAAGCCUUCGCAAGACCUUUGACAGGAGACAACAAAGAGCGUUAUGGUUUUCUUUUAUCUUUCGCAAAACUUCAUUCAAGGCGUUACCUUGUGAAUGACACAUUGUUUCUUCAGGUUGAGGUCAGCUCUCCAUAACUUUCCGCGCCUGAAAACUUAAACGUUUCUCGGCACAAUAGUUAUAAAACAACUUUUUUACAGCCAAACAAUAACUGCAGUUACCACGGGUGCGAAUGGAAAUAACCCGAAAGCGGUAAAGGGCCAGUUUGUUAAGUUAACCCGGUCACAAAUUGAAAUUUAUCAGUGUACGGUCAGAGUUAACAAGUUUGGGCACCGAUUUCAAUAAAUACUUCAUGCGUGGCGAGCUUACAAAAUAGCAAAAAGUAACACAAAGAGUAUGUAAAUUGAUAAACAAGAGUGUUUUCUAUUAAAGCAACUGCGCCGACAAUCAGUAGUCAAUCAAUGGUUAUUUUUGGCAACCAAAAAAAAAAAUCUCUAGAUCGUUUUCAUUGUUAGAAAUGUCUCUAACACACCGCGAGAUAUUUUUGUAUUUUACGCCCUCUUUGAAAGAAUUAGUAUUAAUAAAUCGUCUCUAUCCUUAAGCAAACUACGUGGGUGGAAAAAGGCAACCUCUCUCCUUGUAGUCCAUAACAUGAAGUAACCCCUUCCCGGUUACCAUAUUCCAGCUAGAAGUCCUCUGUAAAUGGAUAGUUGUAGUCAGUCGAUAUACGAUCUUGGAUGUUGUUUGGAAUUUAGUGUUUGGCUAAUAAAGAUUAAAUGCAAUGAAAUAAUA